AUGGCUAAACGUUUGGAAGAAUGGGAUGCUACCAGUUACAAAGGCCACCAUUGUCUCAAAGACCCACCAUUGUCUGGGGAACGGUUCCAUCUAUGUUACAUCCCAGAAUGUGAAACGUACCCCGAAACGACGUACAACCCCAAGUGGCUUGUUGAAUUCGUUCCCUAUAAAGAAGAAUCUCCCAGUCGCUGCACACGUUACGCCCCGCCAAACAAUACUUGUGCCGCCGCGGCCUCCAAGAAUAAGACAGUCAAGUGUGACACGUUUGUAUAUCAAAGGCGGGAAACCACCAUUGUGCGAGACUUCAACGUCACGUGUGAGGAGAACCUGUGGAAGCUAACAAUAAUUGGGACGAUAAAUGUGGUGGGGGAACUCGUCUGCCUGAGUUAUUCUGGGUUUAUUUCAGAUAAAUAUGGCCGGAAGGAAGUAAUGAUAGUAAGCGUUCUACUAAGCACGGCUGUAGGAAUUUUAAGAUCAUUCUCCCCCAACUAUUUUACCUACGCCUCUUUAGAGUUCCUAGAUACUGCGUUAGGAGGAGGAAUGUAUGGAGCAGCUUUCAUUCUAGCUAUGGAAAUCGUGGGAUCCAAGGAAAGGAACGUCGGCAACACUAUCAUAAGCUGUAUAUAUGCCUUAGGUCAGGCCGUACUGGGCAUAACAGCUUGGUUAACACUUUCCUGGCGAACGAUGCUCAGAAUCAUUUAUGCUCCAGGGAUACUAUCCCUUGUGUUUUUUUGGACAAUCCCAGAAUCGAUAAGGUGGCUAUUAUCCAUGAAUAUGACAAAAGAGGCUAAGGAUGUUAUGUUAGAAAUAGCCAGAGCAAAUAAGAAACAGAUACCCCCUGAAACUCUUGAAAAGUUGAUGCGUUUCAGGAAAAUGGAACAAGAAGAAUCGAUAAGAGGUGAAUCCUUCCUCGAAUCAGUGAAAUCAACUAGACUAUUGAUUAGGACCGUUCACUGUUCCUUCACUUGGAUCUGCUGUACUUUUGUAUACUACGGGUUGACUCUACACUCGGUGGCCAUAUCGGACAAUGUUUAUCUCAGUUUCAUUUUCGCCACGGUGGUGGAGAUACCCGGGUACGUCAUUUAUUUCUACGCAAACGAGAAGAUCGGAAGGAGAUUAAUGAUGUUUUUUACUCUGAUAUUAGCCGGCAUCUCUUGUGUGGCGGUGGGGUUUAUCCCAGAAGAUUACUACUGGUUUAAAUUAUGCGCAUUCCUAAUUGGAAAAUGCUGUUCAACAAUUGGGUACACAGUCCUAUACGUCUACACUACAGAGAUGUUCCCCACGAAUUCCAGACAUACCACUUUUUCUAUUUGUUCCAUGUUCGGCCGGUUAGGAUCAAUGGUAGCACCCCAGGUGCCAUUACUGGAUAGGGUGUCCAGGAUGUUGCCCCUAUUGAUGUUCGGUUUGAUCGCGUGCUCCUCUGGGGCUAUGGCAUUGCUGUUCCCCGAGACGCUUAAUAUCAAGCUGCCAGACACGAUUGAGGAAGCUGUUAAUAUUGGAAAAAAUAAAUUCGCGAGCGGACGUGAGGGAAAUACCGAAAGCAGCUUACCUCUGAGAACAACAGACCAAUCAACCAAAAUGUAAUGUAUUGAUUGGAUAUCGAAGAGAAAAUAAAAGUGUAAAUAUCUCCAA